AUGGCGUGUAACGCCUCCACGAGUCAGUUUAUGUUUGUCGAGUACUCGAAGCCCGUCGAACCGGUCAAGGGCCAGAAGAAGCGCCGUGGCGGUCCCAGUGAAGUCCGCGCGCACAUCACCAAGAAUUACCACCGAGCGCUGAGAGUCAAGCGCCUCGAGGCGCUCAAAAAGGGACCAGACAGCAGUCCAGUCGAGAAAUCAAAAUUAGAGCCUCGCGAAAGUCCUGCGCGGGAUACGACGGAAGGAGAUGAACAGCAUUGGGAGAAGGGCGAUGGAGGUGAACCAUCGUCGCGCGAACCGUCAUGUCCUUCCUCGACUCCUCCCGGGGAGGAUGACUACAAGGAUAUCGCUCGCCAGCUAAACAGCGCUCACCAUCUUCAAUCUGCCCUCGGCGAGGGUCGAGUCGAUCCCUUCGACGCCUUCCCAGUUCAGGGCGUGCCCCUCUUCAUUCAUCAAGUUCUCGACCACGCCUUGUCCUACUCCUGGCCCAACACCGUUCCGGUCAAACGUUCUCUUUCCAAUAUGCACCCCGUCAAGGCCGCCUGGUUGAAGUGCGGUAUGGAACAUCCUGUAGCAUUCCACGCCUUUGUCUACGCAGCGUCGUUUCACGUCCUAUGCGCAUACAACGGGCGGGAGAUCAGCGACUCGGCCCCGCUCCUCCGGCUGUCGCACAAGGUCGAAACGAUCAAGCUCGUAAACGAGCACUUGCGAUCGCUCAGCCUUUCUUCCUCAUCCUCGGCCUCCUCCAAACGAAAGGGACGAGACCACAACAACGCACCGAGAGAAAACAGAAACGCGAACGAAGCUGUUGCGACGACGACGGUCCCCACUGAUGCGCUGGUCAUGGCUGUGACCAUCAUGAGCAUUCACAACGCCAGGGACGACACCGUCUACCCAAAAGUCCACCCGGUGUCGCCUAUGGCCAAAGUCAACAAUCUCCACGUCUACGGCGCCAUGAUCAAUGAUGAAAAGCAUAUCCAGGGCAUAUUGCUCCUGGUCAGUCAGAAAGGAGGAUUGGAAGGCCUGGAGUUGUACGGGUUGGCCGAUACAAUGCAAUUGUGUGAUUUGUAUUUUGCUUCAAAAUACGUGUGCAGCCCGAACUUCCCGUGGCGUCUGCCCACCAAGUCACUCGUCUCGACCGGAAAACAUUUACUCGACCCCGUGGCGAUUGACUUGGAUUCCAAACUCGGCGCAGGUUUCCGGUAUCUACGUCAAAGUCCGGCCGGCCGACAACUGCUCGACAUAUUGGACACGUACUCUGAGGUUACCGUGGCCCUAGACCACCAUGUACGCGGCGGUUCCACUGCCCCGGAACUCGCGGAGCUCACAGAAGUUCGCAACUGGGCGCAGCAUCGACUACUAUCUCAGAUGCCGUGUUCGUUGGAUUUUUCGAACCCCGAACUGUGUGUUCAUCAUGCCGUGCGACUAGGGGUAUUGGUCUUCAGCGAAAUGGUCAUCUUUCCCCUACCUCCUCCGCAAAAAGUGAAACCCAGGCUUGCUCUUAUGCUGCAACAAACUCUCGAUGCCUGUGACAUUCUUGGCUGUUGGGACCUGCACGGCCAGGUCUUGCUGUGGUGUCUCACGCUGGGAGCAAUCGCAUCAAAUUUCACGCCCCAUCGACCCUGGUAUAUCGAGCAGCUGUUGCAGCAGAUUCUACUCUUACAGAUCCAAGACUCGUCUAUUCUGGAAGUGAUAUGCUCCAGAUUCUUGUGGUGGAAGCCGAUUUGCAGUGAGCCACUCCAAUGGCUCUGGGAUGAAAUGUUCCCGCCGAGCUCAAUAGAAGCUACUUGA